AUGGAAGCAUGGUUUACUGCCUUAGAUAUUAAACCAGACAACGCGGAGAAUGCUCCUCAGACUACGGAUGACCGGCGUCCCUUAGUUAAAUCGUCGCCGCCCACCUGUCCUGCUGCUGUUACAGAACAGGAAGUGGACCUUCACUCGGGGAGCAGCGCAGCCCUCUACGGCAAAGAUCUCUAUCUGUACACUCCUGUGCGCAUGAAGUACUUUCCCACUCUCAGCCCAACGAUCCUGAAACACCUCUUGAGCACUCCACCUAUGCGCGUAUACACACCGGACUCGUCCUGCGUCGAAGACGACUCCUUCGCAUCCGUGUCGGAAACCAGCAUACUGCUGGCGAAGUCGUCGGAAGCGUAUCCACCACGAGAAGCCGAUCUAGAAGAUCAAUACAUUCAUCCCGACUCUGGAUCUUCCGCAAUAAUUAUCGAAUCCACAUCAUGCGCACCCAUCUCAAAGCCGGUCAAUUCGUCGUUAGAGCUUAACACGUACCUGCCUACACCGCCUCCCAGUUCCGAAUUUCCUAGUGUUAUUGCCUUCUCGCUAAUGAACGCCGACCUCACGGAGACAACGACCGCUGAUAAAGCACAAUCUCAGGCAAUCUACUCAAGUCCCCUCGCGGACGCAUGCCGGUCAGGCCAAGAUGUCCGUUCCCCCCUCCCAAUGACAUCCCAGCGCGGGCUCCGAACCUCCCAAUCAGAUGUGCAUGCCCUUACCCAGCGCAAGAGCAUGGCAAAUCUUACCACGGCCCUUCAACAACACGUGCACACGGGGGUGUCUGCCGGCGCAUUGCGAAACUUCCACCGAGUCAUGGACGAGCUGCGAGGCUCGCAUGAAGAUACGACAGAUGACCAGGAAGUGGGGCUGCCUUCACGUCAGAGACAUUGUCCUGCGUCUCCGUCGGCAGCGCAGGUUUCCGCUGUUCCGGACGCGCGCAACCCACAAGAGCUUGGGGAAUUUGCCGCUGGGACCCUGGUCGGUGGCCUUUCUGGAUCGGCGGCCUUCGAGUGUUCUUUCCCCGCUUGGCGGCUUCGUCGCACUUCGGCGUUCUCUCUGAAGGACGAGAUGACGACCCUGUUAUUGACCCAGGCCGCUGAGGAGGAGGCGCAUGCGGCCGAACUGGUAGCAUUGGCGGAAGAGCUGAAGAAGACUGCAAGGCGGCGGCGACAAUUGGCUAUCGUGGCCGCGGAUAAAGUGUUGUAA